CGCCAACUCUGGCUCCUCCCACCCACCCGGAGCCUUAAGCCCCGCCUCGCCAUCGCGGCCCGGGAUCCCAGGCCUGCACCGGAUAGCUUAGCAUGGGUGCCUCCAGCUCCACGGCUCUUGCUCGCCUCGGCCUCCCCGGGCAGCCGCGGUCCACCUGGCUCGGCGUCGCCGCGCUAGGACUGGCCGCGGUGGCGCUGGGGGCCGUGGCCUGGCGUCGCGGGCGGCUCCGGCGGCCCCGGCGGCUGCGGCAGGUGGGGACGGUGUCGAAGGUCUGGAUCUACCCCAUCAAGUCCUGCAAGGGGGUGUCGGUGUGCGAGACCGAGUGCACCGCCAUGGGGCUGCGCUGCGGCAAAGUGCGCGACAGGUUUUGGAUGGUGGUUAAGGAAGAUGGACACAUGGUCACUGCCCGCCAGGAGCCUCGCCUUGUGCUGGUCUCCAUCACCUUGGAGAACAAUUAUCUGACCCUCGAAGCUCCAGGCAUGGACCAGAUGGUUUUGCCUAUCAAGCUGCCUUCUUCGAAUAAGAUCUACGACUGCAGGCUGUUUGGUCUUGACAUCAAAGGCAGAGAUUGUGGCGAUGAGGUGGCGCGGUGGUUCACCAGCUACCUGAAGACAGAACCCUACAGGUUGGUUCAGUUUGAUACGAGCAUGAAGGGGAGGACAACAAAGAAGCUUUACCCUUCGGAAGAUUACCUUCAGAAAUAUGAGGUAGCCUACCCAGACUGCAGCCCCAUCCACAUGAUUUCUGAAGCCUCCUUAGUCGAUCUCAACACCAGACUGAAGAAGAAAGUGAAGAUGGAAUAUUUCAGGCCAAACAUCGUGGUGUCAGGCUGCGAGGCUUUUGAGGAGGAUACUUGGGGUGAACUCCUAAUUGGUGAUGUGGAGAUGAAGAGGGUGUUGAGCUGCCCCAGGUGCAUUUUGACUACAGUGGACCCAGACACUGGGAUCAUAGACAGGAAGGAGCCGCUGGAAACCCUGAAGAGCUACCGCCAGUGUGACCCUUCUGUGAAGAGCUUGUACCAGACGGCCCCACUCUUUGGGAUGUAUUUCUCAGUGGAAAGAAUUGGAAGCCUGAGAGUCGGAGACCCUGUGUAUCAGAUGGUGGAUUAAAGAACCCAGCCGGGUGACAUGCUUCCAGGUCCUAGGAGAUACUUCUGCGAAUCCUAACUGCCAGCCACGACCGUCUUCCUGAAAACGAAUCUCCACUUUUCCUUCAGAGCUUCGGAUGCCCUGAGUUAAUUUGAGAAAGUACCAGAGGUGGUUUGAGAAUGUGAGGGUGAAUAAAUUUUAGAUAAUGCUGUUUUUAAAAUAAAUAAAAUUGUGUGUAUGAUUAUUCUGAAAAUA